AUCGUCACUCUGCAUCCAAUGUCAAGUCGAGUCGCGUUGGACAAGCCAGGUCUUAGUUCUUGCACCACUUCAAAUCUUUUUUAUGUGUUCUUGAGUAACAUCAGUUUAAAGACUAUCAUCUUUAUAUAUCGCCAAUGUCGUCGGAAGAAUUAUCUCUACCUGUUCUCCCCGCUGUGUCGUGGGAUGAGCAAUCGCAGACCUUCAGCAACAAUCCUCGGAAACGCGUCCGCAAUGCCGCUUCAAAGCACGCGCCAUCCUCAGCUUUCAACAAUUCAAGUGAUCCCGCCAUAUUCUCCAGUGAUGAUGACCCAGCAUUGGACAAUUAUGUAGAGGGGAGACGAAAGAAGAGAUACAUUGGUUCAUGGUUUCAGCAACAUCCCACCUCUUCCGACUCGACCUUCAGUGAGAUUCAUGUCCCCAAGCAGAGGCGUCAAUGGACGCGACAGGCAGACAGUGGUGUCUUCCUCGGCAGUGAUGGUAAUGAGAGCGAUGUACUAGAAACAGUACCCGAAGUUCCAAAACCCAGACUUCCACAACUUGAUCGCGUCGUCCGCCGCGUCUCAAGAGCUGAACAAGUUGCGCGUGACAGAGUCCGUGCCUGUCUUGACGCGGGCGAAGAGACAAUUGACUUUUGGUCAUUGGGACUGGAAGAUGUCUCAAACGAUACAAUCAGUCCUUUGUCGCAGUUUACCUGCAUCCCGGUCGUGACCAAGGAUGUUGCCUUUGAGCAGAAGGAUCCCGAGAUUAAGAUCUAUAUGGCCCAGAACCGGUUGACACGGGUUCCUGGUGCCAUCUUCGAUCUAACGUAUCUCACAAUCCUGAGCCUCCGCCAUAACAAGCUCACUGAACUCCCCCCCGCUGUUGCGAAACUUCAUCAUCUAAAGGAACUCAACGUAUCACAUAAUCGUUUACGGCAUUUGCCCGUGGAGUUGCUGGAGCUUUUCGCACCAAAUAGCAGACUUGACAAACUUGUUGUCCAUCCUAAUCCAUUCUGGCAACCAAAUGAGAGCCUGGAAUUGACAGAUGCUCAGCUGAGCAACACACUCUUCUUCCAGGCCGAGGCGGGAGCCUCGCCGACGCCACGUUUAGCGAGUCGUGCACUAGGUCGAAGUCCUCUACAGCUCUCAGAUAGUACGGGAAGGAUUCUGUCAGACUUCAAGUUCCCAACAGACCACACAAAACUCAUUCUGCCCGUUGAUGAAGGAGAGCCUGCGUUUUGCCCAUCGUCCUCAGUCUCAUCCAUGACAGAGGCACAACGUCUCGAAGGUGCAAGCCGUGUGCCUAGUCUUCUCGAGACAGCUCUGCGAGCUUGUUAUUCCAGCACUCAGCUUUCAGAGAUGCCGUACUACAUCCCGGAAGGGCUCAACCAUCUCAGGAAACUCCUGGAGCGAGCACAAAGGCAGAAAGAGGCUGGCGGAUUGACAUGUUCACGCUGUCGAAAAUUAAUGGUCAUUCCCACCACCAAGUGGGUUGAAUGGCGAGAAGUUCGGACUUGUAACAGGGCCAGCCACGAUAACCCAGCUCUCGUACGGAUGACACCGUUGAGUAUGGCAGAAGGCGAGAGGACGAUACCGUUUGUAAAUCGAGGAUGCUCAUGGCGAUGCCGUCAGGGAGACAUUGAUAAGAGCAGUUGGGGGCUGCCGAGUGGAAAUCUUGUCACAGUGACAAAUGAGGAAAGCUAGCAAGCAUAUUUGGAUAAAUGGCGUUCGAAGGACAAGCAGAUUGAAGAGGGCUUUAAUGACACCUUGCAUUGUCUUUCCGUAAACAUACAGGCCCGCCUUGCACGCGUGCUCACUUCGCUGAUGCUUACAGAGAAUCACUAAGGCUAAUUUGUGUCACUGCUCGUUAUCUUGGUCACUUACACACUUGGCCAGAUCACAACCUGCCCCCUGUCUCUUUCAAGUGCAUGCAUGCGACGCCACCUAGUAAUCACGGCAACCCGGAUCAGCA